CCCAGCCAGGUGAAUGGGUCUAUAUGGAGGAGGUAGCCCCACCCCUGAGGUAUGAAAGCCCCCUGACCUGGACCUGGGUCAGUCUAGAUGGGGGCUUCAGAGCUUCAGGGCCGGGGUGAAACUCCCCAGGGGAGAGGCUGCCUCCUGCUGGCUGUGGCAGGAGCCACUUUCCUGGUAACACUGUUGCUGGCAGUGCCUAUCACCAUCCUGGCUGUUCUGACCUUGGUGCCUCAGGAACAGGAAAGCCGGGUAAUGGAGACCACUGGCUUGAGGGCACAGCGCCAGCAGGGACUGGAUCCAGCGUUUCAAGAGGUGUCAGAGAAGGAGCCAGAAACAGAUCUCAGCUCCAGGCCUCCGGCUGCCCACCUCAUAGGGGCUCCGAUGAAUGGCCAAGGGCUGGGCUGGGAGGCGAAGAAAGAAGAGGCGUUCCUGAGCAGCGGGGCGCAGUUCUCGGGCUCCGGGGGGCUGGCGCUGCCGCUGGACGGCCUGUAUUACCUCUACUGUCAGGUGGGCUACCGGGGCCGGGCGCCCCCUGCCGGCGGAGACCCGCGCGGCCGCUCGUUCACGCUGCGCAGCUCUCUGUACCGGAUCGGGGGCGCCUACGGGCCGGGCAGCCCCGAGCUGCUGCUGGAGAGCGCGGAGACGGUGGUCCCGGGCCGGGUCGGUGCUGCAGGGAGGGUCGAGUACGCGGCGCCCUUCUGGUUCACGAGCGUGGGGUUCGGCGGCCUGGUGCAGCUCCGGAGCGGCGAGAGGGUCUACGUCAACAUCAGUCACCCCCAUAUGGUGGACUACAGUCGGGGGAAGACGUUCUUCGGGGCUGUGAUGGUGGGGUGAGGACGUUCUGCUUUCCCGGAGUGGGGAAAACAAGGACUGAGGGGUGCGAAGGUGUGAAUCGGUUCGGUUGUUGGGGACCGAGACUCCUGGGACUCCGUGGCAAUGGAGAAAAUGUAGGAGAUGCGUUCUAGAACUGAUUUUUGAGCCUGAUGAAAAUAAAGGAUGUCAAAGCCUUAGUGCUGCCAGGACAGAU